UUUCAGUAAAACUUGACAUCUAUAUGUAAUUUCAAUGAAAUAAAUCUGAUCAGAUGAUCGAUAUGGCAGACAAACUGAAAGGAACUCCUCAACAGUGUAUAACAGCUACUGUAGCGGACUGUAUCAAUGAGAUGGAAGGCGAAUCUUCAAGCGGAACCGGAAGUGUGGAAUACACCGUUGGUGUCAGGCUUGUUGUGUUAAACCUGCCAGAAGAUGAAGGUGAAGGACUGGGAUUUAGGCUUACGAGAACUUUAUGGGACCCUUAUCCUUGGAUUCGUGAGGUGAUGCCCGGUGCUAGAGCGGACGUGGCAGGACUGAAACUUGGCGAUUGCUUGUUACAAGCUGAUGGCAAAGAUUUACUUGGCAUGCCGGUUGGUCAAGUAGCUGGCCUAAUAAGAGGCGAUGGCGCUGGUAGAGGAGUUUCGUUGCUCGUCUGGAACUGUGGAGUCGACCCUAAGGAUGAUCCAGAGUUACUAUGGAGCUGCGGCGGCGGCUCUCGCGGAGAAAGAUCUCGUCGCGCGUUGUCUGGUGUCGUCAAAGCGCUGUCAUGCUGCGUAUGCGCUGCGACCGCUACUAGAGCACUAAAUUGUGCUAGAUCGCAUCUUUACUGUGAAGCGUGCUGGACACGGUUAGAACGCUGUGCGCUUUGUAGGGAGCAGUUACCUCCUAAAGAAUCUCCAUACGCCCGGAAUCUGGUUGCAGAACAGGUUUUUGAAGCAAUCGCUGCAGAAUACGAAAUAAAAGAUACGAUGAAACGUCCUACUGAAUCUGUGUCCGCCAGAGCCUCACCGAGUCGUUCACCUAACGUUUCCCCUGCUCUCAACCGCAAAGGCUAUUACCAGAUAUCUAUGAUGAAUAAAUAUAAGAAAACAGUUCAAUUCAAUGAUAAAUUCGGACAAAACUCUGCUUCCGAACCAAAUAUACAUCGAUCAGCAAACACACAAGACUUUGUACGACGACUACCUACAGUCAGUUCAAAACCUACUAUUUCAGCAGAAAAUGUACAAACUGGCAACACUUUUUGUGACUGUCAAAAUUCAAAGACCGAAAAAGUGGUUGAGACUAUACCGAAAAUUAAGAUUGAAGAUACUGAAUCGGGCAACUGUUGUCAAAACGCUAUACAGCACAAAUUAGUUGCAAGAUUGAGGCAAGCAUGCUCAUUGGCUGAUCUACAAAAUGCUGGCCAUAAUUGUCCAUGCUCCACAAACAAAUCCUGGAAUAAUAUCUGUUAUGAUCAAUGCAACUUUAAAAAUCAAAGUCACUCUAUGGAGAAUUUGAAAAUAACCUGCGGAACAAUCUGUGGUGAGUCUCCUCCCGUGUUUGUAUUGUCUGCACCACCUAUUUAUGUUGUAACCUGUGAUCAUAAUAAAAGUGAAUAA